AGCAAUGCAUUUUGGGACAGAUUCCGCCAUAUUUGUUUUUCUUCGCCGUCUGGAAAAUUGAGUUGCAGACGAUUAAAUUUUCUCCAAUUUUUGCAGCCGUACGAGCGUAUCCAACGGAAAAAGGCAAACACGAUCCAUUGAUCAGGUGCCACAGCGUUGCCGAGUCACGCGAAGAGGAGAGAAAACGACGCUAAGAUGUUGAAAAGCGGGUUUGCCGUCCUGUCGGGAUUGUUGCUGGUGUUUCUGGUUCCUGAUGCCCUGGGGAACACAUAUCCCGCACGAGUGGGGUUAAACUUCAUGUACCGCCUGGAUAGGGAGACUUACACUGCCAUACUCAAGCCUGACAACACUGGUGCAGUGGACCCCAUUGUGUACACUCCCACCCUGAAGGGACAUCCCGGCCUGCCCGACUGGCUCCACUUUAUCCAGAGGAACAGCACGACAGACGGAUACAUGUAUGGCACACCCACCAAGGAGGACCUGGGUCCUGUCAAUAUUGAGAUUGUUGCCUUCAACAAGAAUACAUUUGAGACAAACAUCACCACUUUGACCAUAAAUGUAGAGGACAAUGAUCCCCUUCCCUUCCAGGUCCAGUUCAUGGUGGAAAACAAGAACGUGGAGGAGUUUUUCCACGGCGACACACGGACGCGAUUCCUCCGAGAUGUGCGGCGGGUGUGGCAACAGAACCGAGGGGAUCUCUACAUCACUAAGGUGGUAUCUGCUCUGGACAUGGGGCACCGUAACCCCCUCCCCCUUCCAGAGUUAUAUGAAGGCAAUUGGCCCUCGUGUAGUGGUAGAUAUUUCUACAGGAGGUCAAUGGAGCUGAUCAGAAACGCUCCUGCACAUUGCAGUUUCCCUGGGUGGGUGUACAUUCACGUUGGAUCAGAACGUGGGUACUCGGCCCAGCUACAGCAGGCAGCAGGACAGGUCGCCGUCUGCGAGCUCAACCCGGGAAUCCGGCCGGUCGUUUCUAUCGACAGCAGCAUUCGUAACUUUGACAUGAACUGGUGCAUGUUCAAACUGUUUGAACCUGAAGAAACGGCCACACCUGCACCUCUUGCACCAGGAGCAGGAGUGAUGGGUGGAGUAUACGUACCCCGUGAGCUCACGGACACAGGAAGAGACUUCACCUUGUACUUCAUCCUCAUCAUCAUCAUCCCCUGCAUCAUCCUCAUCGUGCUGCUCCUGCUACUCACCUACAUCAUGUGUGGACGGAGGCAGGGAGUUCAGAAGCGUGACCAGGCGACCCCAGCCAUCCAGCUGACCCACCACGCCUCUAUCCGUGAGGCCAGUAAGGAGCUGCGUGACCUGUCUCAGAAACGGGACAUCAAGCCGCGCUCCACCCUCCCCAUGUUUAAUGCUGCCAGUCCUCACAGGGGUGACGAGGGAACCCCACUCACCAGGGCUCCACAAGAGCCAGCUGACGAGACCCCUCGCGCUCCACCGCCAUACCGCCUCCCGCCAGACUUCCCUAACCAAGAAGAGUCCAGCUUUAUAAACUCUCCUCCACGCGACAACUCCCGGGGUAACGUGAGCCAACCAGGAGGCUCGAGUAACGCCUCCCCGUCGCUCCAGCGCCGUCCGCCACCCUUCAUGCGUAGCGGAGAGCAGAUCCAGGUGUGAUUGGUUUAGUUGGUUUAGCGCCCCAUGUGACGUAUCGAGGUCGCAAUCAACCAGGUGAUCGCGGAAGGCCUGUGGUUCGAGAGUUCACAGCCUAGACCCAUGGACACUGGUUCAAAUCCCAGCUACAUAAAGUACAAACUAAGCCAUAUCUUGUAACACACAUGUCUGGCAAAACUACAAUUUAACAGCUGUUGCAACUCUGAAAAACAACUGAGAGAUCCAGGUUAUAAGGCAUGUAUGACCAAACCUGGUAUCAAAAUCAUCUACUCAAAGCAGAAAUACACUGCUUAUUAUGUAGCACAGUGUUCCUUGGAUAAGGAAUAUUAUGAUUGUGCUUGGUUAAAAACACAUCAACUAUUUUAGGGGUUUGAACACAUUGUCCAAGACUACUGGUGCGUAGUGCUAGGCAUACAAUAUAUCCCAUACCCAUACGAUAUUUAUGACUAUGAACAGUAUAAGUCAGCUAUUUUUAUAACCAGUCCGGCAUAUUUUGCAAUACUCCCCAAUCACAUAGCAAGAAGAAGACACAGCUAUAUUAUUACACUGUUGUUGCAACUACAAAGCCAGGAGCUAUAUGCACUGUCUGUAUCAUGAUUUUGUUUAAAUACGUAACAAGCAUAACAGUGCUUUUGCUCUAACAAAUCAUGUAUGAUAUGAUAAAUUCCUUGGAUGCCAAGUCUGUGCAGAAAAUGCACGUUCUCAACUGCCUUGUAAUGUAGUCAAAAGUGCCAAAUGAUAGCUAGUCUCUUGUAUCGGUAUUUGUAUUUUAGAACUAACAUGACUUUUAUAUUCCUCACAUGUGUAUUUUGAUAUGUAUUCUCAUAUUAAGAUU